CAUCGAUCAGGAUUCGGCAGCAGGAGGAGCACUAGAGCACUAUGGGGAUCUCCGCUCACGCAGCCCCAGUAUCUUUCUGGAGCCACCCACGCCGGAUCCCACGCACGCCCACUUCGGACCAGGAUGGGGUCGACCCAUGUCGCCCAUGGAUUUGCCGCCGGAAAGAUCGUCGGCCAGCGCAUCCGGCAGCAAAUCGCCCACCGGAAAGUCACGUCUGCGGCCCAAGCUCCACCUUCCGCUGGGGCGAUUGGGCCGCUCCAGCUCCUCGGACACGAGGGAGAGCAACAGACUGCGCGAGGAUGUGCAUGUGCACGUCGAGAAUCCCGUCUUCAGCAGCGAGAAUCUGCGCCAGAACAACUUCGAUGCAUUCUUCGAGGCCCGCGAGCCGGUCAUCAAGCUUCAGCCGAGAACCCCUCACACGGCGCCAGCGGAUGGCAGUGGGAGGGGCUACUCGCCGCCUCUGGAGAACUAUGCGGGUGUCUACGAUUCACCAAGGACGAGGAGUCCGGCGGGCAAGGGCGGCGGCAGCGGUGGCGGCCUAUUUGCGCGAUCGCCGCGCGAGGACCGGGAGAGGAUGGCCGGCGCCAGGUCACGGAGUGCGGAUCAGUGCGACGGAGCGGUGGGCGGACAAGCCAGUGGAGCGGCGGCCAGGGGUUCUAACUCGACGGGCGGCGGCGGUGGCGGGGGCGGGGCCAGUUCGGGCGGAACGCCUUCCAAAGGUGACAGGUUCUUCGGUAAAAUCUUCAAGUGGUCGAAGAAGUCGUAGGAGGAGGAUCUUCGGGUGGAGGGGACCACGAGGUGGUUCCCUUAGCCCCCAGGGCGGCAGCAUGGCGUCCUACAACGGCGUGCUCAAGGAUUACAGUCACAGCAGUUUGAACGAGGCUUUCAAAUCCCAGAACAAUGUCAACUUUAAGUUAAUUAAAACAGUAUCCGAUUUCUCCGAAACACUAUCCCGUCUGUACGAGGAACACGCAACUGCCCUCCAAGUUGCGGUUUCCAAUUAUCGCAAGAAGAAUGCCGAAUUACGCAAAGAAAGACCCGCCUGCCACUUGGCCAUCUUUCAGGCAUGGGAAACAUUCCUGCAGGAGGUCGAAACCGAUUCACAGGCCUGCAACGAUGUGGCCAGCGUCCUUUCCCGCCAGGUGUCGCGACCAAUGCUGGAUAAAUCCUUUCAUCGCAAAGUUCAAAGCCGUAAAAUAUUUACACACAGGGAGUCUUUUGAGACUAUUAUCGCAAAGACUGAAGAGAAGCUGUCGAAGUGCCGUGUGGACUACAAGCAGUGCCACCUGGCCCACCGACAGAAUCCCAGCCAGCACUCGCUCACCGAAUACAUCGACGCCCAUAAUGCGUACGUGCAGCAGCUGCAUGCCACAAAUGGAAUGCUGGAGGCCUACCACACGGACACCCUGCCCCAGCAGAUGCAGGAGCUGGAGGAGAUCCACAACGACCUGGUCGCCAUUGUGUCCGACUCGCUGAUGCAGGGCGCAGAAGUAAUUGCCGGCAAGGGCAAUGACCAAGCCAAGCGGUACAACAGCCUGACCAACCAGUGCGCUGCUGUCUCACCUCAACAGGAUCUGGUGAACUUCGUCCGUCUUCUGGCCCAACCAUCGCAGGCCCAGAAGAUUCCCAGACGACUCUUUGCAUCGCCGCAGGCGGAGGGCGGCGAGGAGGCGGGCGACCACAACGAGAUGACGCCCUGCCUGCGGAACGAGUUGGUCUUCGACCGGCACUCCACACUGUCACAACGCUCCGCGUUGGAGUCGCUGAAGCGGGAGGCCAUCGAAUUGGAAUUGCAAAUACGUCAGCUGCAGGACUCCAUUGAGGCCCUGAAUCGAACGCAGACCCGUGGAAUCGAGGGUCAGCUGUACAACAAGGUCAACGAGCUGCAGGAGGAUUUGUCCAUGAAGAAGUUCGACCUGCGGGCCAAGCAGAUCCAUUUGGCGGCCAUAAGGGCUCAGAAGGAUCUGUUCGUGAGCAAAGUUGAGCCGACGUCGCCGCGAAACGAACGCAAAUUCUCCGCUGCCACAGCGCCAUCGAUGAAAACAAAGUGGCUGAAAGCAUUUAAGAGCCUAAAGCCUGCUGGUUCUGGUUCAGCACAACAAGCAGAUAGCCAACCACCCCGACAAAAUCAAAUGUACCACGCCGUAUCAACCGUAUUGACUUUGAGGCGCAAUGGAGCCUCCAGCACAGCCUCCGAGCCGCUGCGUCCCAAUCUGGAUGGCAGCCACCAUCUGCAGGAGUACACCUACAAGAAGAUAACGGCCUGCGACGUCUGCUCCCAGAUUCUCAGAGGGCACACACGCCAGGGAUUGCGCUGCCGCAUCUGCAAGCUGAACGCCCAUGGAGAUUGCGCCCCCAAUCUGCCGCGCUGCCAGCCGAAGCAGAAGCUGCUGCGGCGACAGAAGAGCACCUCGGAGCUGGAGAAUCGCGUUGAUAUCGAGGAAGAAACAGGCGCCGACAAAUCCGUCCAGGGCAAGCAAAUGGAUGGCAGCGUCGCGGGAGGGUCGGCGCUUCCGGUUCCGGUUCUGUCGGAGCGGGAGCUGGGCAGAGCUCCGCCGCCGGAAAUACCGAUUGUCAGUGUCUCGGAGCUGGCCCUGCAGGAGCAGCAGCAGCAGCAACAGCAGCAGCAGCAGCAGCAACAGCAGCAGCAGCAGCAUCAGCUACAGCUACAGCAGCAACAUCAGCAGCAGCAGCGCAGUCUGGCAUCGGUGGCGCAGGCGGCGGCGGUACGCGCGGGACGAGGUGUACGUCCGCCGCCGGUGGCCAUGCCCAUUCUGGGCGUCCAGCUGCAGCAACAGGAGCUGCAGCAGCAGCGCGGCGGACUGCCGGUGCCCAGCCAAGACAUAUCUAGUAGCUCAGCACCGCACUCACCGCGCCGCCAAAAGUUGAACUUACGCAUGAAAUCCCUGAGCCUGGACUCACCAGAAUCGUCGGAGCUGCACGGCCAGUUCAGGCGUAGGGCCCAACUGCCGGGCACGGGCGCUUCCACAUCAGCCGGCUCCGGGUACUACCAUGGUGGGUCCGGAGGCCACCUGGAGCACAGCACUCCGCCGUCGAACAACAGCCGUCUGCACUCACCAUCGAGCCCCUCGCAUCCGGGCCGCAAGUUGCUGUACGCCACCCGUGGGAUGCGUGGUGGCAGCGUCGAUCUGCCGGACGAGAUGGAGAAGUCGCAGUCCUCGGCCAGCACCUCGCCGUGCCUCUCACCCAAAACCCAUCGUCUGUUGCCCACGAAUCUGUACGUCAUCAUCUACAACUUCAAGGCGCGACAUGCCGAUGAACUGGACCUGAAGGCUGGCUACAAGGUGACUGUCAUUGACAAUUCAGAUCCGGACUGGUGGAAGGGAAAAGUUCUUGGACGAGUUGGCUACUUCCCAUCCAAGUACUGCGUGCGUCUCAAUGCCAACGAGAAGCCACUGCAGGUGACCCACAACCUCCAGGUGUCGGACAGUGAACGCGGCGAGAAUCUCACCCUGCUGAGGGACCAGAUUGUCAUACAGACCGGCGACGAGGUGAACGGCAUGGUGAUGAUCCGUGCCGCCGAGCACGGGCAGGGCUACUGCCCCAUCAAGUAUCUGCAGGAGGUGUGACAGCCAGAAGAGGACGAGCCGCCCUCCGACGAGCGGGACAGACCGCACAAGUCGUCCAUGCAGACGUCAUCGUCGCGAACCGCGGACAAGACCAAGCGUAGGAUUAGAAUUGUAGUGUCCGAAAACCACAACGUAGCUGCUAGUAGUGUUGCACCUGCACCACCCACAACCGCCUUCAACAACACCACCCAUCACCAAAUUCCGAGGGAAUCCGACAUUGAGACGAAGCGGCUGAACAUCGACUACGGCGAUGAGGGCAGCGCCGAUUGGGACAAGGACCGCGAGGUGCUCAUCCUGUCUGGGAGACGGAAUAAGAACGAUAAGAACUGGGAGAACUGGGAGCGCAUUCGGGAGCAGAAGCUGGAGAAGAUGAAGGGCAUUUGCUUUGAGAGCUAUCGCCAGUCGAAGCGGGACAAGUUACUUCAAGCUAAGCCGCGACCCAAACAACUGGAUUCCACCUGGUACACGGAUAACAUCUACUCGAACCGCUCCGAUGACAUGGACGAGGACUACGUGCCGGAUUGCUUGAAGUACGGACCUUUUCGCACACUGCGGGACAUUCACGAGCUGGACGAGAAGAGUGGGGGUACGGAAGAGCGUCGGGUUGAGGGUGAGGGAUCACCCGGCUAUGGACUGCAUCGUUCCAAGAGCUGCAAAGAGUUCCAGUAUCCCAAAUCACAGAGCUGGUGCUUCGAGGGCAAAGUUUUUGAAUCUGGCGGCGGUGUGGCCAGCGGAAGUGGUAGUUCCAGCGGUGCUCCCCCGCCAACCACCUCCAUCCUAAAGAACCGAGCAGGUGUUCCCAAGUCAUACUCAUUCAGUGCCACCACCAAGACCAUGCCGUUUGAUAUCAUCGACUACGAGCUGCCCCCCGUCUCGAAUACGCGGCGGGAGAAGAAGGAGGCCCUAAGGCGGAACAUGAAUGCCCUGUGCAGCAGCAGCCUGGAUCGAUGUUGCGCCCGGGAUCAGUGCACCAGCGCCCGCUGCCUGUUGGAGGACAUCUAUCCGGGUUCGCGGAUGCGGCCAAGGACGGCCGGGGCGGGCAGCAAUCGCAAUCUGAGUGCGGCGGACUGGCUCUUCGAGGAGCGGGCUGGAAGGCAGAGAACGCCCGCCGCUCCAACGGUGAUUUGUUGUUGCUCGGCGGCUGAGGAGUGCUGUUGCCACCGCCAGCGCCAGCAGCAACCACCCCUUCCCGCUCGCCCGAGGUCACGACCCCUCUGUCCCGGCCAUCAUCCCGCCGCCGAGGAGGAGGAGCACAUGCACUGCCGCUAUGACACCGACCUGGAGCACUUCAUACGCGCCGAGCGCGAGCGCCUCAUGCUGCAGGAUAAGUUCCUGGACGACGAUGAGCGGUAUCUGGCCGCUGCUCCGGCUCCGCGCAGUCCUGGCAGACGGUAUCCGGCGGGAAACUAUCACCGACCGCCGCGCAGCAAGUCCCUGCUGGAGAUGCAGCCGCCAACCAUUCUGUACGACGAGGAUACCUGCUCGGACACCACAGAGAUCGAUUUGGAGGACUUUAACAUUGACCUCGAGAAGUACUGGGAGCAGCUGGACAAGCCACCCAGUCCCAUCAACAUGGACAUGCGGCGCAAUAUGCACAGCAGUCUCAAGGUGAAGAACGUGAAUGUCCGGUGCUACAACAAUGGCCAGCCCAUCGAUCUGCAUGACCGCGAGCAUGAGCGGCUGAUGAUCAAGAAGUCGCUGCUCGAGGGGAUGCCCUCGCCGCCGCAGCUGGACUCCAGCGAGUCCUCGACCAAUGCGGGCGGCUAUCCUUUUUUUGACACUGCUCCCGCCAUUGCGCCUGCCCCCGCCUUCCACCACCAUCCGACCUACGGACAGCCGCAGGGCUAUGGCCACAAGGUGUAUCCCACGGUGGAUACGCUGCCCUCGUACCAGUACAACAACUUUUAUCCCGAGCACUGCCAUCCGACAGUGGGGAGUGUGCUGACCCAGCAGCCAACGGCUGGCAUCCAUCAUCCAUCCGCCGGCGGUCACUCGGCGCUCAGCCUGAUCAAUAACAUAUUUUCAAUCUACAAGCCCAACAAGUACUCGCCGGAGAACUGCCAGAUGAACUACGAAAGCAAGCCGGAACCGUGCAAGAAGAUGAAUGUGCCCAGUACCCACAGGCCCCUGGGAGCAGCCACGCAUCCGUAUCCUGCCCACGACUACAUGCACUCGUCGAUGAAGAGACCGCUGCUGGUGAGCGCCGAUCAGCCGCACUUUAAGAUCAUUCCGGAGAAGACUGGCCUGAAGAUCUCGCCUCUGCUGAGCUACGAGGAUUACGGCGGAGGUGGAGGUGGAGGUGGCGAGAAGGCCCACCACAGACUGAGUAGCACGGCACGGCCUCUGAUGCUUCCGCACUGAUGGUGCUGGACCUUUCCGUGGUAUGGCAAUGGCAAUGGCAAUGGCAACUAUUGUUAGUUGGGCUCCCACCCACCCAACUAUUCCCAAAAAAGACUCGCGAGCAGCGAACAGCAACCCAAACGCACAAAAACUGGGUCCAGCCAAGGAAGAAGAACGUACGUUAACAGAAAUCCAUCGGAGGAGCAUCGGGAUCAGGAGGUGGCUAGCUAACCAGAAUCCUACCCGACACCCUUCACCUUCCACUCCACCAACUCGCCGUCUUCGUCGUCGUCGUCGUCGUCCAUCCGCACAAUUUGCUUUUGGUUUGGCAGGUCAGGUCAGGUCAGGUGUUCCAUCGAAGCAUCCUUGACACUCCAGCAACAGAAAACCACUCGAACAACAACAGCAACUACAGCCAUACCAUUGGAAAUCAACAGCACUACAGACAAAGACCACAUCAACAGAUCUACCAACAGCCACACGCCAGAUGGAGGUCAAAGUGCAAGUACUAGUAACGAUUUGAUCAGCGGAUCGAUUAGGAUAAGCCCACACGGUCCUCACCCUAGACACAGGACACAGGACACAGGCCACAGGCCACAGACAAACACAUAUGUAUACAAUCAACGUGCUUUUAAUUCGCUUAGAAUCGCUAUAGAAAUCGCGUUGCAGUUCGAUUAACCACUAAACAACAGAUUCACUAAUUUUCGAGCAACUUUUAAGCAAUCAAGAGCGUAUUCAAUAGAACAAAGAAUAGAUCUAAGAGGGAAGAGUUAAGUAUUAAGCUGUUCAUAUUGCGCGUUUCAUAUUUCAGUAUGCGCAUAUUGUAUACCCUUACUCUCUGUAGAAAGCUAAACGGAUUUUAUUAGUACUGAAGAUUUGGGAUAAUACAUAACAUACCUAGACUCGUGAGUGUCAGCGAGACUUAUUUUGGCCUCAAUACAAGUAUAUUGCGAUAAUUUUGAGAUGCAAAUGAAAACUAAGGCGAACCGUUUUUAUUGUCAUCAAAUUUUUUCUAUUUUUUAUACCAAAUAACUUUGAAUCAACUAAACGGGAGGAGUUAUUGAAAUUGCUAUGCUCGAUAAGGCUAGAAGCUUUUCCCAUAAGUUGCGGCUACUAGGAGCGAUUAUACGAGGGCAUGCCUAUGCUAUUUAUAUAUAUGAUUAGGUGCGGUACGGAUAGGUGUGCGUUGAGAACUCGAUAGAAGCGCUUUUUAUAAACUAACUAGAUUUGUAUCGAAAUGUGAAACAUUGAAUAUGAUAAACAUGAAUUGUACUUUUAUGAUGUAUGCGUAUCCACUGGCCUUAUUUAUUGAGAAGUAACCAAACAAUGAGCUGAACCCCAACACACACAACCAAACACAAGCAAACACACUCAAACUCGAGAACACAGCGAGCGACAAAGAGAUCCCAGAAAAACAACUUGAGAAUUACAAUUGAAUUUUCACUAAGAUUCAAGCUUAGGGCUUUGCGUCACUUUUGUUAAUUGUUUUUUGGCGUCCAAUUUUACAUGAUAGCUACUGUAGGACUCUAGACAAACAAACCGAAACUAUCGAGAGUAGAUUAACUAUCGAGUAUUUUGUAGUGAGUAAGCUAACUAAAACAUAAACCAAACCAAAUGGAGAUAACUUUUUAGCGCGAGACUCCUUGUGCGUGAAGAUUUUGAAUUUGAAUUUAUUUUUAACGACUUUUGAAUACAAAACGAAACAAUGAAGAUGACAUUUUAUCAGAGAUCGUUUUUUACCUAUUUAACAUUUCCUCGAACCACAUACAACAACUAUUUGCUAAGUGUACCCUAUGGCCUAUGAGUUAGUUAUAAGAAAGUGUUUUCCAAGCCCCGCUUAGACCACAACACUAAAUAGAAUGGAAUAGAGAAGACAGGAGAACAAGGGGGAAUUCUGCACAAAACCCAAUCUAAGAAAUAUCCACACACUGCACCCAAUUAAGUGUACGAUAUGCAUACGUAUCGAGUAUUUACGAUCACGUCUAGGAAUUAAGGAAGAAUUGUAUUGUAUUGUAAAAUGAAUGGAAUCGACGAACACGAAAAACGCCCAAAUCUUAUGAGUAUGUAAGCAAAGCCGAAAACUUGAAUUCAAACAGGAUAACCGCUCCCGGCGGUCAUCUAAACUGCUGAAAUUGGCACUUAAGUAUUUAGGUAUACACACCGCAUAUGUAUGUACAACUUAGUAGAAUUUUCGACUAAACUAAACUGAACUUGCAAACGUAGCGCGACAUUUGUGCAAGUCAAAGGUCCCCGAGAGCCCAUCGAUGGGUUCGCUUUUCGAGGGGCCAACUUCACAAGACGACAGCUUCUGGUUUUUAGCGUAAGUUUUGUUUCACAUAUGUAUGUACGAUUAGGUGACCAGCAUGACGAUGCACCUGGCGCACCUGCAGGUAGCUAGCGAAUAACAUGCAUGCAUGUAAGCAGCAGUAACUAGAAAAUGGAACAAUAUAAUAUCAGUGCAACGUAAUAUAUCAGUUAAAAUAACAGAGGCAAACAGAACUCCACUCAUUUAGCACUACUACCUGCAAUUUGAAUGUGAAAACAACACAAUCCCCUCAUCCCCGCCCGCUUCUCCGACGCGACCCCAUUAAUUUACCUGAAUUGCAAAUAAAAAGAUGUUCAA